AUGCCUCUGUAUCAGCCACCGGACCCCAACACGCAUGUGCUCAGCCAAUUUUCCCUUAAAGGCAAGGUGGCCGCCGUAACAGGUGGCGCCCGUGGUAUUGGCCAAGAGGCUGUUCGGGGUUUGGCUGAAGCUGGAGCCGACGUUGCCCUGAUCUACACUUCAAGCUCUGGUGCAAUUGACGUCGCUGCAAAGAUAGCUGCAGAGACAGGGCAGAGGGUGAAGGCUUACCAUUCAGAUGUUACUUCACGGGCUGAGAUUGCGACCACUAUCGAACAGAUUGCAACCGAGUUUGGCAACGGUCAUUUGGACAUAGUGGUUGCAAACGCUGGUAUCUGCACAAACUGCCCUAAUCUCGAGUAUGAUGAAAACACCUGGGCCCGUGACAAUCGAGUCAACUACGACGGAGUAAUGUGGACCGCGCAGGCUGCUGGCAAGAUUUUCAAAAAGCAGGGUAAGGGCAAUCUGAUUAUCACUGCAUCAAUCAGUUCUAUCCUCGUCAAUAUCCCGCAGAGACAAGCUGCAUAUAAUGCCUCAAAAGCUGCGGCGGUACAACUAGCGAAAAGCUUGGCUGUUGAAUGGACGGACUUUGCUCGGGUCAACUGCAUUUCUCCCGGCUUCAUAAUGACGAAGAUGCUCACCCUGCAGCCGAAGGAGCUCUUUGAGAAGUGGUUAAAUAUGAUACCAGGUCGACGGAUCUGCAACCCUGCUGAACUAAAAGACGGAGGCUAUACCUUGACUUAA